AGGAGGGAGUCAGCCUAUUUGUAUGCUGACUCCCUCCUCCUCCAUCUGGGCUGCUGCUGUUGCACUUGACUGCAAUAACAUCUCUGUGACGGAAAUCUGAUUGGCCUCCAUUGUUUGGGAUUGUACUUGGCACGUACCUAUGGCUAUUGAACAACACUCAACUUGUAUUAACAUGAGUUUUCCUGUUGAAGUAGCAGUUGUUGCCCAAACAGGAUAUUUUCCCACAGUAUAUGAAGGCUCCAGACUGAUUAAUGUUAGCAAAGAGAAUCUGUAGAUUUCCCACCAUUCAUGACUAAAAAAAAAAAUGGAUUCAAGCUUACUGUAUUUUCUCUCAAGAUGAUCAAUGUUCUGUGAAACUGACCUACCUGCUCAGGAUGUGCUACCUCAAUGGGGAUUUUCAUGGAACUUUGUCAGAUGUAGAAGUUCUGGAAAAGUGAGUUGUCCUUCAUAACUCAAAAGCCAUAGAGCUAACUACUGAAUGUAAUCCUUAAUAUUUACUCGCUGUGCCUUUUUGUCGCUAGAUACGCAAUCCUGUUAGCCAGAAUUUCCAUUUGGAAUGAGAUAGCUUAGAUUGUCAGACCACCAGGUCCUUGAGCGGUUGCUGGCAGUGUCAACUGUUCUCAUUCAGAUCUCUGUGUUGACAUGUUUUCACCAGCCAAGGCACCAAAGGACCAAGUCCCCGAGAUCUACUCUGUGGUGGUGACGUGAGUGUCACACUGCAGAUAUAGCUGUCGUGAUGGCCUUUUCCUCUGGAAGUCCUGUUUCUGUUACACCUCUGAGGUGUGAUGACCCCUAGUGGCGUAGUGAACACAUUGGUCUGUGGAGUUUAAAUGAAAAAUAUGUCCAUGAACAGUGCUCUCUGUGUAGCAUCAGUUUAUUGAAUGAUGAGGAUGAAUUUAUUGAAAUUGAUCUAUCAAAGUCAAACAACCAUUUUCAAAUUAUUCCUAAGCACCAUUGUAACAGGAGAGGACGAUUAUUGACAGAAUUGAGGAAUUCUGAAUUUGAAUUGAUUUAUAGUCCGUGCUAAAGGCGUGUCUCAGUGACAGUCUCUGACAGAGUAACCACAGUCUGUGUCUCCUCUGGCUGCCGGCUCAGCUUUUUACAGCAAAGUAAGGACUCCACUACCUCUCUGGGGCCCUUAGUCAUGAAGAUGUAGAGGAACGGGUCCACUAGAGGAUUCAGAUACAGCAACAGAUUGGCAAUCAGCCCUAAGUAGCAUACUUCCUCCUUCAACGACUCGAGCAGAAUGUUCAGAAUGAAGGGAAGAAACAGCACAGUAUAAUUGGUUAGGAUUGCCGCCAAUACACCCACAGACCUUUUCCUCUCCGCUGUAGAAGUUGACCUGAAACAUAGCAACGCUCUCCAUGAGUCGAGGAAGAAAAACAACAGAAAAGGGAAGGGAGUGAGAAGGGCCACUGCAAACCAGAACAAGUAUUUAAACACUGCGAGGGCCAGAACAGCGGAGGGCGCUCCCCACAUAGCCAGGGAGAUGAUGAAGGACUGUUUAAGCUUGCUGCAGCAGCUGUAGCACUGGGGGUAUGUCACCAGCAGGUGUCGCUCUUGUGCAAUGCAAACCAUAAAAGUAAUGUUGGAUAUGAUGCCAAAAUAAAAGAUCAGGGUAGCAGUGUCAGCCGAUAGGAUACUCCCAGUAGCAGCCUGUGGUCUUCCAAUGAAACUGAAAAUGUCUGAAACAAGAAGGCUGAUGACAUGGACAGGAACAGGGUUGGGACCCUUGACCAGGUUCUUCAUUGUGUAAAGGGCCAAUCCAAUGGCAGGUAGCCCAACGGCAAAGGUUAUCCAGCCAAUGACCUCAGCAACACGGUCAAAAGUAGUGUCAGUGUUGUUUGUGUUGUUGUUAACAGACCCUAUAUUCAUAUCUUUAUCCAUGGCGUUCUGGUCAUUUGAGCUGGUUUAUGAUAUAUUUUUGUGGUGUUUAGUUGCAUUUACCGGUAUAGUCAUUUUGUGACCGUGUCCUCAUCUUUCACACACUAGAAUGACAGCAACAGGGAGAAUGUAUUAAAUACCUUUAGAAGGAGUAUGUGUACAACAUUUUAAAUAUCACAUUUGUUUAGUCUGUCAGUGACAGCCUAUAGUACAUUCUAGGCUACAAACAGCACAUAGGCAUUCUCCCAAAAUCACUUCUGUCACUCUACUUGUCCUCUUUAAUAAGACCAUGCUCUAACUAGCUACUGUUGCUUAAAGGGUACUCACAUACUUCCGUCCCGUGUUCAUGGAAAUUUUACAUUUAAAAUGUUUCCUGAAUUCCAUUCAUCCCUAUAGCAUUUAGAUAAUUUGGUACUGCCUCCCCUUGCCAAAAAUAGACAGAGAUAAUCCAUGGCCUUACCUGAAGUAGCUUUGGAGAGAACCGCAUGGAAAGAGCGUUGUGAGUUCCUCCUCAGUGUGUGUUACCUUGCUGUUGAUGGGUGAACGUCAAUUACUGUACCUGGAUGAUCCCCACAGUAGAUGAUGCGUCUGGUACCAGGUCCGUGCUAUGAAUUGGAUUGAUUUGCUUUUGGCUUUUUUAUAUAAAUGUUUUAUUGGUGCUGAAUAGCAUGGUCACUUAUCUUCCUAGAACUGCUAGAUAAGCGGUUUCACAGAAGCUAUACAGACUCACAUUUCCCUAAGUUCCAGUUGAGCUAUGCUGAUGGUAUUGAAAAGAGUCCAUUUGCAUUUUGUACUUUCCUCAGUCUAUAAGCCAGGGCCUAGUUCCUCCUAACAGACACUGAUGUCAUUUAAACACAUUCCUGGAACAUAUCAAUUAAUCUUAAAGAAGCUCAGUCAUCCUAACCAACAACACUCAAGAGUGGUUGAACUCAUGAACUUCCCUGUCAAAUAACUACAGUACCAGUCAGAAGUUUGGACACACCUACUCAUUCAAGGGGUUUUCUUUUUUUCUACAUUGUAGAAUAAUAGUGAUGACAUCAGAACUAUGAAAUAGCACACAUGGAAUCAUGUAGUAACCAAAACAUCAAACUAAAUAAGUUUUAAACAUCAAAAUAUAUUUUAGAUUGUAGAUUCUUCAAAGUAGCCACCCUUUGCCUUGACAGCUUUGCACACUUGGCAUUCUCUCAACCAGCUUCGCCUGGACUGCUUUUCCAACAGUCUUGAAGGAGUUCCCACAUAUGCUGAGCACUUGUUGGCUGUUUAUCCUUCACUCUACGGUCCAAGUCAUCCCAAACUAGGUUGAGGUCGGGUGAUUGUGGAGGCCAGGUCAUCUGAUGCAGCACUCCAUCACUCUCUUUGGUCAAAUAGCCUUUACACAGCCUGGAGAUGUGUUGGGUCAUUGUCCUGUUGAAAAACAAAUGAUUGUCCCACUAAGCGCAAACCAGAUGGUAUGGCGUAUCUCUGUAGAAUAUGGUAGCCAUGAAUUUAAAAUUAAUCAGACAGUGUCACCAGCAAAGCACCAUCACACCACCUCCAUGAUUCGCGGUGGGAACCACACAUGCGGAGAUCAUCCGUUCACCUACUGCGUCUCACAAAGACACGGUGUUUGGAACCAAAAAUCAUUGUCCUGUUGAAAAACAAAUGAUAGUGGGACUAAGCGCAAACCAGGUGGGAUGGUGUAUUGCUGCAGAAUGCUGUGGUAGCCAUGCUGGUUAAGUGUGCCUUGAAUUCUAAAUUAAUUUCAGACACUGUCACCAGCAAAGCACCCCCACACCUACAUGCUUCAUUGUGGGAUCUACACACGCAGAGAUCAUCCGUUCACCUACUCAGCGUCUCACAAAGACAUGGGGGGGUUGGAACCAAAAAUCUCAUAUUUGGACUCAUCAGACCAAAGGACAGAUUUCCACUGGUCUAAUGUCCAUUGCUUGUGUUUCUUGGCUCAAGCAGGACUCUUCUUAUUAUUGGUGUCAUUCAUUGGUGGUUUCUUUGCAGAAAUUCGACCAUGAAGGCCUGACACUAAAGUAUUUAUUUGGGCUGGUAACUAACGAACUUACCCUCUGCAGCACAGGUAACUCUGGGUCUUCCUUUCCUGCUCUUUCAUAGUUUUGAUGUCCUCCAUAUGAUUCUACAAUGUAGAAAAUAGUACAAAUGAAGAAAAACCCUUGAAUGAGUACGUGUGUCCAAACUUUUGACAGGUACUGUAUGUGACCUCACAAUUUCAACAUUAGUAACAAGGAAGUCAUUUUUCUGAACUAUUUGCACAAUAUUUUGUUUGUUGCAUUUGUGUGUGGUGGAGGAUUGUUAUCACGUUUCAUCAUUGUCUCAACAUAUUGGUUUAAGUCUGAUGGACCUAGACAUUGUGACUGACCUAUAGAAGUAUGGUGGAAUAUCACUAGUAAGUUUGUUUUAUUCUCCAGUAGCUGCCUGUACCACAGCACAUCAUGUCUGUGAAUAUAAAACUAACAGCUUCUUCACCCAAAAUGGUGUAUGCAUAUUAUAAGAUGUGUGCAUGAAGUGUAUGAUGUUACACGUCAGAUGUAAUAUUCCUGUUGUCAUUCUGAAAUACAUUGAAGUAGAAACUUAGUGUGGAAUGGAUUAGGUCCGGGAUCUUUUAACCACUGUUAGUAAUGUCAUAUGAUCUCCCUGGCCAAUAAGAAAUCGAAGACUGACAAUUGCUAUAGUAACACAAAUUGUGCAAUGACUUUUGACAUCCUGGAGUGGUGGACUUCCCGUCUCACAGUAUUUAAGGCUCAGACGUACAUGCUGUAUGGUCACUGGGUGUGCACCGUGAGUAUCUGUGCUGUAAAAAAAAAAAAAAAAAAAUGACUAGACUAUUUUUUUGCAUGAUUCUAACUGUAGAUUCCACAUGGUUGCUAAAGGGUUAUUUGAACUUUUCUUGUGCUACACAUGUUAAACACUGAAAUGCACAGUGAUGAUUUAGUUAUUCUUAUUUUUUUCUAUUAUAUGAUAUUCAUAAAAAAUGUAGUAAUGGCUCAAUUGAUUAGUUAAUUGCAUAAAAAAGAGACGUUUAAGGUAUCCUAACAUUUACACAAUGUAAGAAUGUUAAUGUCUAUAGACAUUGCACUUUGACAGGUCUCUUUGUAUUACAUGUUCAGUUUUACUAAAAAUACGCAGAACGUAGAACUAUUGAGCAUACUUCCUGUUUCUUUAGAAGGGAAAUGCUUUUAGAUUUAGAUUAAAGAUUCAUAAUGCAGCUCAAAACUAGACCUAUUUUAAAGAAUCAUGACCGGGAUCUUAGAUGUUAUAGAGUAAAACACCAGCUAUUUCACUUAUUUUCUUAGUGUAGGCACAGCAGGAAAAUAUUAAGGACCUUGAACUUGGAAUCUGAAGAACCCUGCCAUUCACUAGUUCCUGCAACAACAAGCAGCAUCAAGGAUGGAAGCAAGCCUCUGCAAUAUUUCGGACAACAUCACAUCAAAUAGGAGCCUCAUUGAAACCGUUGUACAGUGGACAACAUUCUCCAUUGGUUUUCCUCUGAUCUGUCUGUCAAUUUAUGCCAUGUACUUCCUGAUCAGAGCUGAUCACAUCGCUCCAGUCUAUGUUAUCAACCUUCUUAUUGCAGAUCUCAUUCAGAUUUGCAUGAGGCCAUUCAUACUGUCUGGUACCUGGCAAUUUAUAGUCAUGUUGAUUGAAUUCUUUGGUAUUAGUGCAAGCAUUGUUUUCAUGGUAUGUGUUGCUCUCGAGAGAUAUCUUGUGAUUACAUUUCCUCUCUGGUACCGUUUUCGCCGUAACAUCAAAUACUCGCUCAUAAUGUCCUCCAUUAUCUGGCUUUUUCCUUUCAUCCAAAUCUCCAUGUUUUACCUCACACCGACUAUUGAGAUUUCACUUAUUUUGUUUGCAGUUAACCUCCUCAUACCUUUCCCACUGCUUGUAUUCUUCCUAGUGGGCACGUUGAGCUCUGUGCCAGCUGUCGAACAGAGACGGAUUAUUGGUACCCUGGCCCUUGUGCUGGGCAAUUACACAGUCCUGUUCCUACUCCUCAUCAUACAAUAUCUGAUAUCAGGGGUAACAUGCCAACACAAUGUGGAGAUUGGGACAAUCUUUGAGAGAUUCAGCCCCCUUGUGGAUCCUCUACUCUAUGUGUUCAUGAGAAAGGGAGCUAAGGACACUCUGGCCUUCCCCUGCUUCGACAAGCUCAUGGGUGACGAGGAGCAGAGUCAGGUCACCAACACUAUGACCAUGACUGAUAGUGGAGUAGAAGGCUCCAGGUAGUCCAUUAUCCUGGAUCUGUCCUAUCUGUAUGAUUCACUAUGUAUAACUCCUAUCAACUCUUUGUUAAAAUUAUCGGAUCGAAACGUUGUCAAAAAAGCGGUGAAUUGGGAGCUUUAACAGUGUGCGGCCUUGUUCUUUUCUUUGUGAAAAUUAUAUCAUACGGGCCUCCCGAGUGACACAGUGGUCUAAGGCACUGCAUUGCAGUACUUUAGGUGUCACUACAGACCCGGGUUUGAUUCCAGGCUGUGCCAUAACCGGCCGUGACAGGGAGUUGCAAGGGGCGGCACACAAUUUUCCCAGCAUUGUCCGGUUUAGGAGACGGUUUGGCCAGGGGGGAUUUACUUGGCUCAUCACGCUCUAGCGACUCCGUGUGGUGGCCCGGGCGCCUGCUCGCUGACUUCAGUUGCCAGUGAAUGGUGUUUCCUCCGACACAUUGGUGCAGCUGGCUUCCGGGAGAAACGGAGGAUGCAUGACUCUACCUUUGCUGCAACUCCCCAACGGGCUCGGGAGAGGCAAUGAGACAAGAUCGCAAUUGGAUAUCACGAAAUUGGGGAGGAAAAAGGGGGUUAAAAUGUUUAAAUAAACCUACUUUACUUUUAUUGUUGUUAAAAUGUGAAGAGUACAUGCCUUGCUUUUUAAUAUACAAUGCAUAACAUGCUGUAUUGUACACAGCCCUAUUCUGCAUUGCACUAUCUUUGUUGGGCUUGUAUUGCAGCUUUUCAGAAAAAUAUGGACUCCUUUCCUUCAAUAAAUUGAUAAUGUGGAUAUUUGA